GUCUUGGCUAUUUUCCUCUUGUUUUUCCUUGCUUUAUUAACAACAAUGGAAGGAAAAUCAAUGAAAAACAACAUGAAUAAUCGACCAGUGAUUGGAAUUUUAGCACAACCUACACUUACCGGAAAGAUAUCAAUUUAUGGAAAGUAUUAUAUUGAUGCAGCCUAUGUAAAGUUUGUAGAGAGUUCGGGUGCUCGAGUUGUUCCUCUGAGGUUUGAUUUACCUCGUGAUGAGAUGAGAAGUUAUUUUGAUCAGUUGAAUGGAAUUUUGUUUGCUGGAGGUGGAGUUGAUUUGGUGGAGAAGAAUGGAGAUUUGACUCCCUAUAUGAAAUCACAACAAAUGUUGGUAAAUUGGGCUAUUGAAGCCUAUGAGAAGAAUGGUGAUUAUAUGCCAAUGUGGGGAACUUGUUUGGGAUUUCAGGGAUUGGCUAUUGCUUUGGCUAAUGAUAGCUCUGUAAUGCAAAGUGGAUUUGAUUCAGAGAAUAUGGCCAUUCCAUUGGAUUUUACAAUGCCAGAGUCAAAAAUUAUAGAAUCAACAAGAUUAUUCAAUCCUAAAGAGGUGGACUCUGUUCAAAUGAGGGAUAUUGUCUAUUUGUUAGGAAAUAAGAAUGUUACUUUCAAUGCUCACCAUGAUGGUAUUCCAAUAGAUAGAUGGAUCAGUAAUUCAAAUUUAAACAAACAAGUAAGACUCAUAUCAACAAAUCUCGAUAGAAAUGGAAGGAAAUAUGCUAGUCUUUUGGAACAUUCCAAAUACCCAAUUUAUGGAAGUCAAUUCCAUCCUGAAAAGAGCAUGUUUGAGUGGAAUCCAAAUGAAGUCAUUAAUCACUCUUUAGAAAGCGUUAAGGUCAAUUCAUAUUUUGGAAAAUUCUUUAUUAAUGAAUGCAGAAAGAACUCUCACACCUUCAAAUCUGAACAAUUUUUAGAAAAGUCUCUCAUUUACCAAUUCACCCCAGUUUACACUUAUCCACUCGUAAAUGAUUUUGAGCAAUGCUACUUUGUAUAAUAUUUAUUAACAAGUUAUUAUUUAUUUG